ACACCGCUCACAAGGGACCCUAUAUAAGCUCCGCAGCUGUCAGGUGGAGGACACUGGCUGCUUUGCACUGGGGCACGACUCGCUUUAGGGGAUUACAGCUCUAGAUACUCAUAGAUUCAGACACUGACAAUGUCGCAUGCUUGGGGAUACGCAGCGGACAACGGACCCGACAAAUGGGCUGACAACUUCCCUGUUGCCAAUGGACCCCGCCAGUCUCCCAUUGACAUCGUACCUGAUGAAGCAUCAUACGACGCAGGGCUGAAGCCGCUCAACCUGAAGUACGACCCCUCCACCUGCCUUGACAUUCUCAACAACGGGCAUUCCUUCCAAGUGACCUUCAUAGAUGACUCCGACAGCUCAACUCUGGCAGACGGACCAAUCUCAGGGAUCUACAGGCUCAAGCAGUUUCAUUUCCACUGGGGAGCUUCUGAUGAUAGGGGAUCUGAGCACACUGUGGCCGGGACCAAGUAUCCUGCUGAGCUCCAUCUGGUGCACUGGAACACCAAAUACACAAGCUUUGCAGAAGCCGCCAGCCAGCCCGAUGGACUUGCUGUUGUUGGAGUUUUCCUGCAGAUUGGUGAUGACAAUGAAAAUCUCCAGAAGAUUCUUGAUGCCUUUGAAAUGAUCAAGUGCAAAGGCACCCAGACCACUUUCGCAAACUUCGACCCUUCUGCUCUCCUCCCUGGUUGCCUAGACUACUGGACAUAUGACGGCUCUCUGACCACACCCCCCCUGCUGGAGAGCGUUACCUGGAUUGUUUGCAAAGAGCCAAUCAGCAUCAGCUCUGAGCAGAUGUCCAGAUUCCGCAGCCUGCUGUUCUCUGGUGAGGGUGAGGCCGAGUGCUGCAUGGUGGACAACUACCGCCCUCCCCAGCCCCUCAAGGGUCGCUCUGUCCGUGCUUCCUUCCAAUAAUUCCCCCUCCCCCUCUGUUGCCCUUUGCUGCCCUCUCCCUCCCUUCCCCCUCCCUUUAGUCAGACACCCAGAGUUACCUCUCUUGCAGUGAGCCACAAAGCACACAUAUCUCUCUCCGUCCAAUUUUAAAAGAAAUAAUAAUUCCCGUGGCCCAUUACGUUCAAUGCUGGGCAAUCUAACUGUGAGCUGGAACACUUACAGGAUUUGCAUCUCUGUUUCUAUGCGUGUGCUAAGCCAGCAAAGAUUCCCUGUCAUCAUUUAUUUUAGAAGACAAACACGUCACAGUGGAGGCAACACAUUUGCAAGGAUUUUGCAUCUGAUGCCAGUGUUUUUAGACGUAACACCAGCAGGUAGAGAAGAAAAUAAAGAUUAUUUUAGACAAAAUGGUGCUCUCGAGCCCACAGGAAGCAGAAAGCACAAGCUUGUUGCAGUGGUCAGGGGGAGGAUGAAACUAUAACACCAUCUGUGAGGAGGAGGGAAAGGUGCAGAUAAAAAAAAACACACAGAGACACACAAGACACAUACUCUUCCGCUGCCAGUCUGUCGGUAAUCUCUGAC